UAUGAUUUCGUAGCGUAAUUAUUGAUCAUCGCCAACUCAUCGUCUUCUCUUUCUGCUUCGAGACGCGACGCGGGCGAUAAGCCCGAUCGAGAAGGGGGCGCAGCGAAAAAGGGAGCAGCCAUGACGACUCAAGAUCCCGGCAAGCUUAUGGCCAAGGCCGACAAAUUAACAAAACUCAGUUUUACAAGAUGGAAUGCAGAUUGGAAGAAUGCUACUGCAUUGUAUGAGCAAGCUGCUGUUGGCUAUAGAUUCAAGAAAGAAAAUGAGAAAGCAAAAGAAGCUUUUGAAAAGGCUUCCAAGGGACAAGAAAUGAUUUCCUCACCUUGGGAUGCUGCCAAGCAUAUGGAGUCUGCUGCUUCUUUAGCAAAAGAGCUUGGCCACUGGAAUGAGGUUUCUGACUUUUAUAGAAAAGCAUCUGAAUUAUACAGAGAAUGUGGAAGAUCACAGCCUGCAUCAGAUGCUCUAGGAAAGGGUGCUAGUGCUUUGGAAGAUACAAACCCUGAUGAAGCUGUUCGGUUGUAUAUUGAUGCUUGUGAAAUUCUAGAGGAAGAUGGGAAAGAGCAAAUGGCUUUUGAUUUAUAUCGUGCUGCGACAAGCACUUAUGUUAAACUUGAAAGAUAUACAGAUGCUGCAACUCUUCUUUUACGAUGGGGUGUAGCAGCUGAUAAAUGCAAUGCUGUUAACAGUCAAUGCAAGGCUUACUUGAGUGCAAUCAUCAUUUACCUCUAUAUGCAUGAUUUCCAGCAAGCUCAGAAGUGCUACAAUGAUUGUUCUCAAGUUGGUGCAUUUUUAAGUAGUGACCAAGGUCGUUGUGCUAGAAAAUUGUUAUCCGCAUACGAAGAAGGUGACAUAGAAGAAAUUAAGCGACUUGCUCAACCAAGUCCAAUUACACAUCUCGAUCAUGUGAUUAUCAAACUCGCAAGGAAAUUGCCUACUGGGGAUCUGAAAGAGCUCGAGAAAGAAGAGGAUAAGGAAACUUUGGAUGAAAAUGAUCUCACAUGAAAUUUCAAAUGAGCAAAUGUUUGAUGUUGUAUUUACCAGUGAUAAGGCUCAUACAUACAUAAACUGCCAACGACAUUUGAUGUGUGAACAACCUACAUUUCCUCGACUCGUCUUUGUCGGGUGUAUAUUUUCAUAGACUGCAUGUUUGAGAUUGUCUCAUGUUAACUUCAAAUUAUGGUAAUCAGAGAGAGCACAUGAUCCUCUAGCGUUGAUGAA